AUGUUGCUCAAGUUCAUAUACACAAGUAUGCUUCUAGCAUUGGUGUCUGCAAACCUCUUUGACUUUUUCCAGAAUCAGUUUAACCAACAAAAACAAGAUAGUGCCGUUGACAUCGAGCAGAAAAUUCUAGAGAGCAAAUGUUCAAAGUAUUUGUGUCCUGGCACAUUGGAGUGCGUUACAGGACCCAAGGACUGUUCUUGUCCCUUCCCAUCCUCUCAGAUGCGUUGCAUUUUGCCCAACGGAGAGCCCCUCUGCAUAUCCAAGCCAGCUGGUGAUUUUGACGGAAAGUAUGACGAUCCAAACAACAAUUGGAAGGUUGAUGCCAAGAAAGAUGAUAUCAGAGAUUGUGGAUGGGUGAAGAGAGCUUGGGGUGCUUAA